AUGGCGGACACCCAGCCAUGCAUUCUGUACUACGACCCCCGAUCCAUAUGCUCCUCUAUGGUACGGUACACGUUGGCAAAUGCAGCUAGUCCGCUGAAGGGCUCGUUGCCUCUGUCUGUCGAACUUCGUCCAAUCGACAUUGUCAAGGGUGACCAGCUGUCUGAGCUGUAUCUGUGCGAUAUCAACCCGAAAGGGCAGGUCCCCGUCCUACUUAGUCCGGCCUUCCUCGAUCGGCCCAUCACAGACAGCCUUGAUAUCACGCUGUGGCUGUGCGAACGGUACCCAGAUUUGAGACCAGUGGAACAUGCCGAGGAAAUCAACAGGCUGCUACGCAACUUGCACGCCGUUAACUUCUUUUCGCUCUCUAUGAGGAACCGCCCACAAAGAGCGAUCACGCAGGAACAGGCGAUCCACGCCCAAUUGAACGUGCCGGGCUUGUCUGACAGACACAAGAAAGCCCUGGAAUAUAAGCUGGAAGUAACACGGGCAGAAAAGGUUGGCGGGGCAAAACCGGAGGUGAUCCAGGCGGAGAUCGAGCGUAGCCGUGCUCUACUCAUCGAGAUUGACAACACCAGGAAGGCAAACAACACGACGAAUUCGGAGGAUGCAUGGAUAUUCGGGACUGCUGCGCCAACAGCGCUGGAUACCACUUUGGUGUGUUUCGUGGCUAGACUGAUGGACGUCGAUCUGGCCGAGCUGGUCCCCACGACCCUGUUGAAGUUGACGCAAAAGAAGAGGAAUACGCCGCAAUUCAAGGACAUUUGGACGUCUUUGUAG